AUGAUAAGGUCCAAAUUGAUGAGCUGGAGGGAAUACUUAACCCCCGUAACGCACGCUUCCACUUUCCAAACCACCGGCCAAAUUACUCCGGAAGAAUUCGUGGAAGCAGGGGACUAUUUGUGCCAUAUGUUUCCCACAUGGGAGUGGAACCGAGCCAGCAACGCCGUGCACGGACGCGAUUUUUUGCCCCUAGACAGACAGUUUUUGGUAACACGCAAAGUGCCGUGUGCGACGCGUGCUGAGCAACUGACCACAGUGACAGGAGACCAAUCAUCGCGGAUUGCCGGUGCAAGACCAGAAAGCGAGCCCAACGACGAAUGGGUGGUGGAAGGACCGACCAAAACUGCGUUGCCCGAUACAGAGCCCCGUGCCGACAUCGACGACAUGCUGGAGGACAUGGAACUGGACGCAGCGGACCAGGACGACGAGGACUUAGUGCUGGCGGCCGUGCCGAGUGACACUCGUCAUUACGACCUGUACAUCGCGUACUCGACCACGUACCGCGUUCCAAAGCUGUAUCUGGUGGGGUUCAACAGCGAGGGUACGCCCUUGAGCCCACAAGAGAUGUUUCAGGACAUUGCACCCGAUUACCGUACCAAAACGGCCACUAUCGAAACGCUGCCGUUCCUGGCCGCUCACGUGACCGCUGUCUCGAUCCAUCCUUGCAAGCAUGCAAAUGUGAUGCGAGUGCUGAUGGAGCGAGUUCGCGAAGUAAGAAGUCGUCGGCGUCGCGCGAGCGCGGCCGGUGCGGCUGAAACCAGCGUGACGAGCCAGGUCGCGGAGGACGAGUGGGAAGAUUUACAAAGCGAAGUUGACAGCGGCUUGCGCGUCGAUCAGUACCUGAUUGUAUUUUUGAAAUUCAUCGCCAGUGUUACACCGGGAAUCGAGCACGACUACACUAUGGAGGGCUGGUGA